GCAAAGCUGCUGAGUUCCCCCGUGGGCCAACUGCCUGGCUGGCCAGCCCUGAAUGCUAUGCAUCCGGCCGGGAACAAAUUGACAAGCUGAUCGGAUUUCCUGAGGUCCUCCGCUUGGAAUGCCCUUCGAUUCAGCUGCCAUUCCUAAUUUUCCGCUUGAGAGCACGUGGAAAGCAAUGGUUCUCGGCCAUCAUCUCGGUCAUUUCCGUGGACGCAAUCCAUAUCCAGCUCAAGGACAGCUUCGAAACUUCAGGUGUCGUUCGAGACGAUGGAGCCGGGGAAGCGGAUCCUGAAAUCUUGAAGGCCUUAGCCUUGGCCUCCAACACCAGCCCUGAGGACACGGGCCUUUGCCGGUCGGUAACGGGUUCGGCGCAGGUCCGCUGCGGAGGCGUCAAAGGUAUGCUGCUGAGUUCCGUGCGUCUGGAAGGCACUGGAGUGGUGGAACUGCCAAGGAACAUGUUGAAGUUUGGGCCCGAGACCUUCAGCAGAGAGCAGCUGGCAGUGCUGAGCUUCAGCAAAAUUCGACCGACUUCCCUGAGCUUGGAUACGGUGCUGCGGUUAGAAGCAUGCGAAUGCGAUGCGGCCGUGCUUCUGGGUGGCUAUAAGCAAAUUGCGCAUAGCCAGCAUGUAGAAAAAACUGAGACUGGAUCUGUAUGA